GACGCUGGAAACAGCAGCGGCACGAGAAGCGGAAAGGUGAUAAUGAGAAUACGGGUAAUGUAAUUGCUCAAUACUGAGAGAGAGAGAGCGAGGGAAAAAAAUAAAGUCAAAAUUGUAGAAUAGAAGGGAGAGAGAGAGACAGAGGAAUGGAACGGUUCGAAGCUCGUUUGAAUACCGAUUAAAAUAUGUAGUGCUUAGAACGAGGAGCUGAUCCUCCGUCAGAUAUGUCUUUCGAAAAUUUGUUGACAACACCCUACGACGAAUCGAAUAAUAACAACGACUUCAAUUGGCCGACCGAAAUUCCCGCUUCCGCUGCAGAUUCGGCCAAUUCAACGAACACCUCUGGAUACGCUCACAUCUACUUAAGCACCGUCCAAGCAGCUACCACCAGCACUCCAAAUUCUUCCGAAAAGAUCAACCAGUACUAUUUCUACAGGAGGGAGCAGUUCACCGUUCUUUGGAUUCUAUUUACCGUCAUAGUUGCCGGGAAUCUUGGAGUGCUGGGUUGGCUUCUACGAGGCAAACGGCGAAAGUCGAAGAUGGACUUCUUCAUCAAGCAGCUCGCCUUUGCAGAUCUACUUGUCGGUCUGAUUUCCGUACUCACGGACAUCGUAUGGCGAACAACAGUUGCUUGGUACGCCGGAAACGUGGCCUGCAAAUUAAUCAGGUUUAUGCAAGCUGUGGUCACCUACAGCUCGACCUACGUUCUGGUCGCUCUUUCGAUCGACCGAUACGACGCCAUUACUCGACCGAUGAACUUCUCCGGAAGUUGGACCAGAGCUCGAGCCCUGAUCGCCGUCGCUUGGAGCCUUUCGAUCUUCUUCAGCGUGCCGAUAAUAUUUCUAUACGAGAGCAAAACUAUACAGAAAAUGGAGCAGUGCUGGAUCGAGCUCUCCUCCCCGACGAAUUGGAAGAUCUAUAUGAGCCUGGUCAGUUUCACCUUGUUCGUCGCGCCCACGGUGAUAAUAGGAGGGUGUUACCUGGUCAUUGUGGUCACCAUAUGGUCGCAGGGUGGAGCCCUGAGGCCAGGGCCGGCUCGAGAUACGAGGAGGGCGUCAUCCCGGGGGCUGAUUCCAAGGGCGAAGAUAAAGACCAUCAAAAUGACGUUGGUCAUUGUUUUCGUCUUCGUAAUCUGCUGGAGUCCCUACAUCAUUUUUGAUCUUCUGCAAGUCUACGGGCAUAUCCCUAAGACCCAGACCAACAUCGCUGUUGCCACGUUUAUCCAGAGUCUUGCGCCCCUCAAUUCAGCCGCAAAUCCAAUUAUAUAUUGUCUCUUCAGCACAUCCCUCUGCAAGAGCAUACGUAAUUCGCAGGCAAUUUCAUGGAUCUCUGGAUGGUGUCCUGCGAAUCCGCAUCAGUGCUUCGGCUCGGGUUCGAGUCACAACAGCACACGUACAACGGUUACCACGUCUUUGACGGCUCAUUCGUCGAAGAAGAAACGCGUAAUGGUCUCCAUCGUGUAAUUCUGCAGCUGCAUCGGACAAGAGAUGGCGCCGGAAAUUGACUGCAGCCUCGCGGCAUCGGCGAGAGAUCCACUAACAGGAAAUGCGAUAGCAGAAACCCCGGGGCUAGUCAUGAAACCGAAAGAACCGCCGAGAAUCGGAAAGAGGAAAUAUCUCCUUCCUGCAGUUUCACGCCAUCCCCUCGAGCUCAGUGUCUUAUUACUUAUUCCGACGUGUGAUGUAUCCGUAUAGGCACAUGCACACCAACUUGCUUUCGUUUCCCUGACGUAUUCAGAUGGUUGCUUAUGAAUUAUGCAUGUUCGACU